AUGAGAAUUGAAGCUGACAAGAACUUCCCACAGGUCAACGUACCCAAGACCAGACGCACCUACUGCAAGGGCAAGGACUGCAGAAAGCACACCCAGCACAAGGUCACACAAUACAAGGCCGGAAAGGCGUCCCUGUUCGCGCAAGGAAAGCGUCGUUAUGAUCGCAAACAAUCCGGUUACGGAGGUCAAACCAAGCCCGUUUUCCACAAGAAGGCAAAGACGACAAAGAAGGUUGUGUUGAGAUUGGAGUGCACAGCUUGCAAGACGAAGGCACAAUUGGCGUUGAAGCGAUGCAAGCAUUUCGAACUCGGUGGUGACAAGAAGACCAAGGGUGCUGCGCUGGUAUUCUAG